CUUUUGAGAUCAACUAGUGUUACUUAAUCUUCUUGAUUGUUGACGUUGUUUCAAUCAUUUAAACUGGUUAAACUUUUAAAUUAUCGUAAUGCUAAUUGUUACAUAAAUAUCCAAGACAAUUAAGUUAUCUAAUUGUUUAGUUAAUCAGUGAUUCUAUUUAAUUUAUUAAUCAACCAGAAAAAAGUGUCAUCCUCUUCAGGCCAAAAACAACAAAAUCUUGGAUCCAAAUCCAAUUGGUUUUGUUUUUCUUCAACAACAUUGAUCUCAUUUAAUUUGUUUUUUUUUCUUUCAUUUAAUUUUGAUUAUUUUCAAUUUAACCGAAAAUCAAUUAGUUAAUCAGUUGAUUGGUAAUUUUUCCGUGUCUCUAUUAAGUUAACUUUGGGUGUAUUUCUUUCAUCUUGUGAUCUACACAAAUUCAUCUUCUUUUUUGUUUUGUUUUAUAUUCUCUUGGAAGAGAAUAGAAAAUGAAAAUUUUCUUCUCAACAACAACUAUAGUUAUUGAUUAUCAUUAUAGAAAUAUUAAUGAGUCAAUCUGAAACCUUUAUGUGUUUACCAAAAUGGACUAUUUACCGUUAUUAACCGUGAUUCAAUCUGUGAAUAACAUUCUGACCGGUUCUUCAUCAUUUAAGUUAUCGUCAUCUUCUUGCCCAACAUCAUACUGGUUGCCAUUAACAUCUACAUUAAUAAGAUCAUCAACAGUCUUAAAUUUGCCAUCAUCAUCAUCAUCAUUAUCUACAUUAACAAGAUCAACAAUUAAGUUAACUUAAAAUUGGAUUGACCCUCUAGAAGACAAAACAAAAGCACAACAAACAUCCAAACUGUGAUUAUCUUUUAAUCCCUGAGAGGCCAAACCCUUUUCCCUGUCAACUUAACGGAUAAUUGUCAUGUUUCAUUCAACCAUUUUUAUUUGUAUGUCACCUUGAUUUGAUAAUCUACAGUCAACAAUUGGUGCUAAUCAAAACUGGAUAUUUACUCUUCUUUAUUUUUCUUCAUGGAUUAAUUGAAGAAUCUGAUAACAUAUUAUAUAAGUAUAAUUUUCUUGAAAUUCUCAAUCCUAAAAUUGGAUUAAGUGAUUUAUGGACACACACAUUGAGACGACUUUUUAACGAAUAACGAAACUUUUUAUAUAUUUAAAUUGUUGAUUAAUUUGAUUCUGUGAUUCUUAAUGUAAUGUCAUCAGAAUCUGGUUGGUUCGAUGCAUUCCGACCUUCUGGAGGUCCACCUUUAUACCUUGACCCCAAUAGGACAUCUUCGUCAAUUGAUUCAAAAAUAUUUUUCAUCUUAUUAACAUUCACCACAGCAGAAAUAGCAUUCCUAUUAGUAUUACCUGGAAUACGUAAAGAGAAAAUUUCAACAUUUAUCAUAGUGAGUUUAUCGUUGUUCAUUGGAUGUACAAUUACCGUUGCUCAUUGUGGUUCGAGUUGGCAUAUCGCCGAGACGUCAAUUUCUAGCGCUUAUAAAGCAUUCACAAAGGAUAAAAUAUUUGCCGAUGUUGGUGUUUACAUUGGACUGAAAAGUGUCAAUAUAACAUUGAAAGCUAAAAAAUUGUAUCACAAAAAUGCUGAAAAUAUUGAUUACAAUGAGCGUUUCUAUUGGAUCGGUGCUACUGAGAUGAAACAAGAAUAUCGAAGUGCUCUGGAAAAGGGACUUCCGUAUCCUAUUUUAACGAUAUUAGAAUAUUUAUCAAAGGGAGACGAAGGUUUCUGUUGGGGGAGAAAGUAUCGGCUAGCGGGUUAUUAUGGUUCGACACUGCUUAAUAUGGCCUUUUGUUUGUGGCUUUUAAUGAUUGUGUUACUUUGUGCUGUUCCAAGAUACGGAAUUUACGCUUUACAAUCAACGGGAGCGCUUAUGUUGUGUACCAAUGCCAUCUACUCACUACUAUUACCUCCUAAUCCGUUGCAGAUCAAAUUUCCCGAAGAUGUCACCUUACACUUUAGCUACGGUUGGUCCUAUUGGUUAGUGUUGGGCGCUGGUUUAUCGGCGCUCACAAUAGGAUCGAUAAUCGUUUUGAUUGACAUUUUGUUUCCUAAUAAAUUUUCAACCAUUUUAGAGGUUGAUUAUGAUACACCUUAUAGAUACUUUGUUGGUAAUGAUGCUCAUCUAUUUGGUGGAUUAGCAAAUAACAAUGGCACUAGUCAUUCACAUAAUAAUGGUCACAAUCAUCAGGUUGCAUCAAUGACCAAUAGUGCAUCAACAGAAUCAACUUGUUGUGGUAAUAAUACAACAAUUCGUGCUGGUACUAACAUUUUACCGUUACAAUCACAACCGUGUUCAUCUUCUGGUUCAUCAGUUAGAGGUAAAUUAUCAUCAUCAUCUAUAUCAUCAAUUUCUAUUAAAUCUCCUGUGUCAAAACAAAAAAGUGAUGCCUCUGUUUGUACAACUGAAUCUUAUCCAGUAACGCGAACUCAUACCAAUAAUAGUAGUUUAAUUGUGUCAACAACACGAGCAAUUAUCGAGAAACAAGGUCAAGACAAUAAAGCCUUUGAUCAUGAAGAUAAUAAUAAAAAUAUCAAAUGUGAUGAUAAUAGUGUUAAAAAAUCUAAUCUCCAUCAAUCAUCAUCAUCAACAACAACAUCAACAGCAUCAACAUCCUCCACAUCAGCAGGAAAUCAUGAUGAGAUUAGCACUGAGCUGGUCCAUGGUAAAAGAGCCGUUUCUUUAUCUAACUUUGGCCGUUUCACUGCUCGACAACAACAGCAACAACAACAACAACAAAAAGCAUCAUCAAAAUCACGAGCAAAUUGUACAAAAUCAAACAACACUUUCCCAAGUACCCACCUUUAAAUUGUAAACAAACAAACACCAAUUACACAUUAACACUAAUCUUGAUCACCGUUUUAAUCUCACAAGAACAACGUAUAUACAAAGCUGAAGGAUAAUAAUCUCGUUACAUAAUAACUUAUCAUCAUCAAAUUAAGCUUAAUUAUCAAGCAUCGCCAUCAUAAUAAUACAUCAUGUAAAUCAACGUUUUGCUGUUUACUAACUAAAUCAACUCGUUCUGCUUUCUCAUCAACUCAGCUCAUUUUUUUUUCUUGCUCUGUCUGUAAUCAACAAACCAAUUCAUUUAGUUUCUCAUCAUCAUCAUCAUCAUCAUCAUUAUCAUCAUCUUUACCAUACAGAAUCCAACAACAAAUAACAACAAUUAACAUCAAGUGAAAAAAAGAUUAGCAGAAAAAAAUUCAAGGUUUUUUUUUCUGUAAAUUUCAUUUGGAUUAGAUUUUUAUUGUAUUAUUAUUAGCUUACGAUUUGUUGUUCCCUGUAUUUGCCAAAUCCAUUGAGCAUAAAGCAACAAAAUGAUGCUGAUUAUGAUGAUGAUUGUGAUUGUCAAAAAGCAACAGAAUACAUGAUAAUCAUCACCAUCAACAAGUCGAUCAACACCAAUCAUUUUUCAUGGAUCAUCAUACUCAUCAACAUUAUCGUCAACAUUGAACUUUUUUGUUUGUCACUUCUUCAAUCACAGAAAUCAACUUUCUAAUGGUUUGUUAAUUGUUGAUUGGAAACUUUUUAUAUAACUAAAAAUAUUUUGUUAAUUGUCUAUUCUGCAAGCUAAGUCAUUUUCAGAAAUCAUAUUUACAAUACCCAUUGAAACAAUUAAUGAGAAUCAAUGUUUCAAGUGAUUAACUAAUUUUUGUUUCUAAUUUAGAAUAAAAUUAACAAUUAAAAUUGACAAAAAUGAGAAACAU